ACUGUGACUGCGCGAAGAUCGAAAUAAAGACCUAUUCACUACUUCUCUGGUUUCUUCUAUUAAUAGCACGAGGGUUACCUUAAGGCACCAAAGUGGCGAGCCCUUUUUGAACACAAAUUCAACCUCAUUUCUGUUAUUAACAUUUUUUUUACUUAAUCGUAAAAGUAGACCUGAUUAUCCGUAAACUAAGUUGAGUACAUAACUAGUUUAUUCCGUAUUAUCUUAAGUUAUUCGUGUUAUAGUAACCAUUUUUCGUGCUAACUUUAUUGCUAUAUUUGUCACAUACCUCAUGUCAGACUCAAUAGAAACCCAUAAUCUGGAUGAUUUGUCACCAGUGGAGAUAGACACUGUUAUGACUACGAAAUCCCGACUUCCAGAAUUUGAUCGUAGUGAUCCUGAGUUGUGGUUUGCUCAACUAGAGCAUUAUUUCACGCGACACAAUAUCAAAUCUGAAGGAAUUCACUAUAGAGACUUGUGUUCUAUCCUUCCUCCUUCAGUCGCCAAAGAAGUCCGUGACUUGAUUUUAAAUCCACCAUCACCACAACCAUACACCAUCUUAAGACGAGAGAUAAUGAACUGUUUAUCAUUAUCAGAUAGUCAAAGAAUCCAAAGACUUUUUCAAGGUGAAACACUAGGUGAUCGGUCGCCGUCACAGUUUUUACGUCACCUCCAAGUCUUAGUGGGUGAUAACACAGUGGGUGAAGCAGUCCUAAAACAAGGAUGGAUACAAGCUCUCCCAUGCUACGUCCAACACUGUUUGGAUGCACAAGAUCCUGAAACCUCAUUAUCUCAUUUAGCGCGUAUAGCCGACAGAAUAAUGGAAAGAGGUCCUCCAACUGGAUCAGGCACAAUAAAUCACAAAAAAAAA